AUGACCAAACUGAACGCCCAGGUCGAAGGCUCCCUCAACGUCACCACUCCCGGGGUGCAGAUAUGGAGGAUAGAGGCCAUGCAGAUGGUGCCUGUUCCUUCCAGCACCUUCGGCAGCUUCUUCGAUGGUGACUGCUACAUAGUCCUGGCUAUCCACAAGACAGGCAGCAACCUGUCCUAUGACAUUCAUUACUGGAUCGGCCAGGACUCGUCCCAGGAUGAGCAAGGGGCAGCUGCCAUCUACACCACACAGAUGGAUGACUUUCUGAAGGGCCGGGCUGUCCAGCACCGCGAGGUCCAGGGCAACGAGAGCGAGACCUUCCGAGGCUACUUCAAGAAGGGCAUUGUGAUCCGGAAAGGGGGUGUGGCUUCUGGCAUGAAACAAGUGGAGACCAACUCCUAUGACAUCCAGCGGCUGCUACAUGUCAAGGGCAAGAGGAAUGUGGUGGCCGGAGAGGUGGAGAUGUCCUGGAAGAGUUUCAACCGUGGGGAUGUUUUCCUCCUGGACCUCGGGAAGCUUAUCAUCCAGUGGAACGGGCCAGAGAGUAACCGCAUGGAGAGACUCAGGGUAACCGUGCUGGUGCACCACCCCUCCCCCCAAAUCCCACCCUGCCCUGACCUGCCCCUGCACCCAGCACCCAGCCUCCCUCCCAGUCAAACUUACCAGACCACUGCCACAGCCCAAGCAGCCCCCAUUUCCCCAGGCGUCUCUCCCCUGACUGUCCAGGACCCUGUGCCAAGCAUUGGGCAUCUGGUGGUGAAUGAAAUGGGCGGCGCCCAGCCCUGGCUCUGGCCUCCAGCUGGCCGUCCAGUGGGGAAGACAGACAUGGAGGGCGAUAUUGGAGAAGUGAGAGCCUUCACGGGUCCCGGGGCCUCCCUGCAGGGCAUGACCCUGGCCAAGGAGAUCCGAGACCAGGAGCGGGGUGGGCGCACCUACGUGGGCGUAGUGGACGGGGAGGACGAGAAGGCCUCGCCGCAGUUGAUGGAGGUCAUGAACCACGUGCUGGGCCAGCGGAAUGAGCUGAAGGCCGCCGUGCCAGACACGGUGGUGGAGCCGGCGCUCAAGGCCGCCCUCAAGUUGUACCACGUGUCUGACUCAGGGGGAAACGUGGUGGUCAGAGAAGUCGCCACGCGGCCACUCACGCAGGACCUGCUCAGUCACGAGGACUGUUACAUCUUGGACCAGGGGGGCCUGAAGAUCUACUUGUGGAAGGGGAAGAAUGUCAAUGCCCAGGAGAAGAGGGAAGCCAUGAGCCAGGCACUGGUGGGCCUGGGCGUCAGGGAGGAGAACUUGGAGGAGAAGUCAGAGAAGCCGACUCCAGCAGGGAGAGGGCAGCAGGGUCAGGGCCAGGCACAGCCCCAGGCAGAGGCCAGGGAAGGCUCCGAGCCUGAUUUAGCUCCAGGGGGUCUGGAUAUCCGCUCCGUAGCCAUCUUGAACUUUAUCAAAGCGAAGCAGUACCCACCGAGCACGCAGGUGGAGGUGCAGAAUGAUGGGGCCGAGUCAGCCGUCUUUCAGCAACUCUUCCAGAAGUGGACAGUGCCCAACCGGGCCUCAGGCCUGGGCAAAACCCAUGCCGUGGGCUCCGUGGCUAGGGUGGAACAGGUGAAGUUUGAUGCCACGUCCAUGCACGUCCAGCCUCAGGUGGCUGCCCAGCAGAAGAUGGUCGACGAUGGGAGUGGGGAGGUGCAGGUAUGGCGCAUUGAGGACCUAGAGCUGGUGCCUGUGGAUUCCAAGUGGCUCGGCCACUUCUAUGGGGGCGACUGCUACCUGCUGCUCUACACCUACCUCAUUGGCGAGAAGAAGUACUACCUGCUCUACAUCUGGCAGGGCAGCCAGGCCAGCCAGGAUGAAAUCACAGCCUCGGCCUAUCAAGCGGUCAUCUUGGACCAGCAGUACAACAAUGAACCAGUCCAGAUCCUGGUCCCGAUGGGCAAGGAGUCACCUCAUCUCAUGUCCAUCUUCAAAGGACGCAUGGUGGUCUACCAGGGAGGCACCUCUCGGGCUAACAGCGUGGAGCCUGUGCCCUCCACACAGCUGUUCCAGGUCCGGGGGACCAGCACCAACAACACCAAGGCCUUUGAGGUCCCAGCCCGGGCCGCCUCCCUCAACUCCAAUGAUGUCUUCAUCCUCAAGACCCCGUCUUGCUGCUACCUGUGGUGUGGGAAGGGCUGUAGUGGGGACGAGCGGGAAAUGGCCAAGAUGGUUGCUGACACCAUCUCCCGGACCGAGAAACAAGUGGUGGUGGAAGGGCAGGAGCCGGCCAACUUCUGGAUGGCCCUGGGCGGGAAGGCCCCCUAUGCCAGCACCAAGAGGCUGCAGGAGGAAACCCUGGUGAUCACACCUCGGCUCUUUGAAUGUUCCAACCAGACCGGGCGCUUCCUGGCCACAGAGAUCCCUGACUUCAAUCAGGAUGACUUGGAAGAGGAUGAUGUGUUCCUGCUAGAUGUCUGGGACCAGGUCUUUUUCUGGAUUGGAAAGAAUGCCAAUGAGGCCGAGAAGAAAGCUGCAGCCACCACGGUGCAGGAAUACCUCAAGACCCACCCCAGCGGCCGGGACCCCGAGACCCCCAUCAUUGUGGUGAAGCAAGGACACGAGCCCCCCACAUUCACGGGCUGGUUCCUGGCUUGGGAUCCCUUCAGGUGGAGUAACACCAAAUCCUAUGAGGCCCUGAAGGCGGAGCUUGGAAACUCUGGGGACUGGGGCCAGAUCACUGCUGAGCUCACAAACCCUAAACUAGACGUGUUCAACGCAAACAGCAAUAUCACUUCUGGGCCUCUUCCCAUCUUUUCCCUGGAGCAGCUGGCGAACAAGCCUGUGGAGGAGCUUCCCGAGGGUGUGGAUCCCAGCAGGAGGGAGGAGCACCUGUCUGUUGAGGAUUUCACCAAGGCCUUGGGGAUGACUCCUGCUGCUUUCUCUGCUCUGCCUCGAUGGAAACAACAAAACCUCAAGAAAGAAAAAGGACUAUUUUGAGAAGCAAGAGUAGCUGUGGUUUAAAGCAGUACCCUACCCCGCUUGCAGAGCUUCAUUUUGUUAUUACUGGUAUUAGUCCUAUAUUAAUGGAAGUGAAAAUUUACAGUUGUACCUGUGAGCAGCAGUCUGUGGCAAUGCCACCUCUGUUUAGUAAUCUACCUAUUCCUCCAGAAAGAUGAUUCCUCCAUAAGGAGCCUGUGGUCCCAAUUUCAGCUCUGAAGAAGGUGGUUGCAUUUUUUUUUUUAUCCUGGGUGUUGCAUUACUUUUAAACCAUCCUGUUUUAGAGCUUUCUCUUCUUAGAAGAGCAGCCCAACACUUGAUGGAAGAGCCUUCCCUAGGCUUUUAUCAUGACUCAUUUUUAAUUAUGGCAGGUGGGCUGAAGCAUUUUGCAGUUUUACAUCUUUCCGAGAGCAAUGGCUUUUCCUUUUCACAUAUACUUUUCCUACUGCCUUCCUCAGGUGAUGUUAAAGGGGACCCAUUCUUUGAAAGAGCUGAACGGCCCAGGUGAUGGCCCUAUUUAGGUUUCACAAUACUCACUAACCAGUAUCCAGCGAGAGCAACAUACCCACUAGGCCGAGGCUUGAGGCCUAACAGCAAGUAUGAAAUAUGAAAUGCAAAUGCUAUUUCACCCCCCUCUCUGGUACUCUUAAUAGUAAGGCAAAGGAAGAGCACAGUUAAGGCCCGUGCUGGGUUUAGAAACUGUUGUCCAGAACCUCUGCAAAGCUGCACAGGCUCCUCAGAUGAAAUCCACCGGAUGUUGGAGCUGACUCAGCCAUACCUGGUUUCCCAUCCCAUUCCCUUUAAGGUGUAACAGUGCGCUUGAAAGUCCAAAUCAGAAGGCCAAAAGAAGGUGAUUUCCACAACUUCAACAACUGGUUAAGUGUCUGCAAGAAUAUGUCCUUUUCAGAAAUAACAGUUGAACCAGCACAAGGUUAAUAAAGGCUUUAAUUUCACACACA